AAGCUCCGCUUCUGUUAUUGUAAGACAAGGCCUGACUUGAGGCCUUGGACACGGAAGGUUUCAGGUCGCAUCCUCCGCCUUUCCUUUGACUCGCGGCCGUGGGGACGUGGGGUGCAGAAGUGGCCCCAUUCAUUCCAGUGGGCUCCGGGCCCUGGCAGCCUUUCGCGGAGGUGCCGUGCCCUUGCUACCGGGCCUCAGUGGACUCUAAGUCCGCUCAGCCCCGACCCCGUCCGGUGGCCCGGAGCGGGAGGGAAGGGGGUCGCGGCCGCGAGGUCCACCGGGCGCUGCCUCCGCCUGAGAUCUCUCUUUCCCCCGUCCUGCAGGCUCGUUUCCGGCGUCAUGGCUCAAAGGGCCUUCCCGAAUCCUUAUGCCGAUUAUAACAAAUCCCUGGCUGAAGGCUACUUUGAUUCUGCUGGGAGGCUGACUCCUGAGUUCUCACAACGCUUGACCAAUAAGAUUCAGGAGCUCCUUCGGCAGAUGGAGAGAGGCCUGAAGUCAGCAGACCCUCGUGAUGGCACCAGUUACACUGGCUGGGCAGGUAUUGCCGUGCUGUACUUACAUCUCCAUGAUGUGUUCGGGGACCCUGCCUAUCUGCAGAUGGCACACGGCUAUGUGAAGCAAAGCCUGAACUGCCUGAGCAAGCGCUCCAUCACCUUCCUGUGUGGGGACGCAGGCCCCCUGGCAGUGGCCGCCGUGCUGUAUCACAGGAUGAACCACGAGAAGCAGGCAGAGGAUUGCAUCACACGCCUGAUUCAUUUAAAUAAGAUCGAUCCCCAUGCUCCAAAUGAAAUGCUGUAUGGACGAAUCGGCUACAUCUAUGCUCUUCUUUUUGUCAAUAAGAACUUUGGGAUGGAAAAAAUUCCUCAAAGCCAUAUUCAGCAGAUUUGUGAAACAGUUUUAACCUCUGGAGAAAACCUAGCUAGAAAGAGAAACUUUACGGCAAAGUCUCCACUGAUGUAUGAAUGGUACCAGGAAUAUUACGUGGGGGCUGCUCAUGGCCUGGCAGGAAUUUAUUACUACCUGAUGCAGCCCAGCCUUCAAGUGAGCCAAGCAAAAUUACAUAGUCUGGUCAAGCCCAGUGUAGACUUUGUCUGCCAGCUGAAAUUCCCUUCUGGCAAUUACCCUCCAUGUCUGGAUGAUAAUCGAGAUCUGCUUGUCCACUGGUGCCACGGCGCCCCUGGGGUAAUCUACAUGCUCACCCAGGCCUAUAAGGUGUUCAGAGAGGAGCAGUACCUCAGCGAUGCCUACCAGUGUGCCGAUGUGACCUGGCAGUACGGGUUGUUGAAGAAGGGCUAUGGGCUGUGCCACGGUGCCGCAGGGAAUGCCUAUGCCUUUCUGGUGCUCUACAACCUCACACAGGACAAGAAGUACCUGUACAGGGCCUGUAAGUUUGCUGAAUGGUGCUUAGACUAUGGAGAACAUGGAUGCAGGACACCGGAUACCCCUUUCUCCCUCUUUGAAGGGAUGGCUGGAACAAUAUACUUCCUGGCAGACCUGCUUGUCCCCACCAAAGCCAGGUUCCCUGCAUUUGAACUGUAAGAGGAAAGCGUUAUCCCCCACAACUUAACAGCAGGACCCUUUCUGUAUCCACACCUGGGCCCAGUGCUUUGGCUGCUUUUCAGGGAAAUAUAGCAUCCAAUUGUAUACUCAAUUUAGUUGAUUUCGUUCUUUUCAGAAUUUGUCUUAGCUCAUUUUUUUUCAUUGUUUACUUUUACUGUAUUUAAAAGUAUGCAAGGAAGUCUUUUAACUUUUGAGUUUCUUCUGACAGGAAAGAUGAGUGACAAGUACAAUAUUUUGAGGUCAUUUAUGUAUAUUUCAGAACUUGGAGGAAAUCUUACUCUUAUUUAAAUUGAUGAAUAUAAACAUCUAUUUCUGUUCUAAAAAUAUUUAAAAGAAACUUAAGUAUAGAUAAGCAAACUUAAAUAUAUGAGUAUUGUUGAAUAUUGCCUUCCAGCCUCUUCUGUUUAAUAUUCUUCCUGUAACAGUUAAGCACUUUUAUGGCUUGCUUUUCUCUGUGUGGUUGAUCACAAAAAGGGACAAAAAUAAAACUAUUACUUCCAGGAAAAAUGUUUCAAGAGUUGCAAACUUGACUCAGGACCUUAAUACCAUUUUCAAAUUUCUGUUGCCUAUUUGGACUUGAGAUAAACAUACUUUCAAAUUUGCCUCUUUAUCAGAGAAGUAUGCAGGCCCCUGUAUGCCAGCAUUUUAAUCAAAACUAAAAAAUGUGAUGGUUGUCAUGAACAUUCUGAUUUGAAAGUUAGUUCAAAAAAAAUUUAUAUUAACAUUUUAUCUAAAAUAAAUCUAAAAGUCUAAAAUAAUCUAAAAUAAUCGGGUUUUUUGAACUAUUUACUCAAAUUUAUAUAUGUUUCUUUUCUGGUAUUCCCAUGAGUUCAGGACUCAGGUUUUCUGUGUGAGUGGGCUGUGAACACAGACACUUGUCUGUCCUCUUCUACUGAACUUCUAAACUUGGACUUGUUUAAUUACUUUGCAGAGAAUAUGCUUCAGUGUUGGCUGUUUAGUAAGAGCCAUAAAAUUUAUUCCUUUCUGUCAAUUUACCUGAACGGUGGUCUUUUCACUAAAUAAUACAGCAUUCUACCUCUGCUUAAAAGGAGGCAAGAAGGGAAAUGCUGUAUAGCCAAUAACUUGAAAAAGAACAUUAAAGUCUUAACAGAAAUUGUUUAUUAGGAGAUAUUACCCAGAGUUCAUGCUUGUAACAAAUGAAUCUUUGCAUAUCCUAGGCUUAACAGUUCAUCUGUCUAAGACUACAGAACCAGGUUUUAUUUUAUAUGGUAGAUGAAGACUCCCUGGUGCUUCAAAUUCUAUACAGAUGUUUUGUUCAUCAGCUCUUCCCCCUCCUCCUCCUUUUGCUGCCUUUCCCAGGCCAAGCGAGACACUUUUUGCCCGACUUUAGAACAUUAUGCAGGUUUUAAACAACAGGGUCUGAGAACUCUAAAUUUGCCUAUUUUAUCACUCUCUUGGUCACAAAAAUGUGCUUUUUAUUGGAACUUUAAACCAAAUCCCCACAGAGUGUAUGCUUGUUCCUAUGGAUAGAAAUCCUCUGUUAUUUUUUUCAAUUUAGCACCAAAAUAGGUAAUAUUACCGAAAAUUGUCUGACUCUUUAAAGUCUACUGACAGUUGGAUCUACCCAGCAGCCCACUGUUCAAUUUCUAGGUUUAGAUCACUCCCUUUGUGACUUAAGGAAGUCAGGGGACUUGUGCCUCUUAGAUUACUGAAGUGCUCCUGGUGAGCUGUAUGCAAGCUGUGCUUUUCUUGCAAAAGUUUCAGAUCAGCAGUGAGGGCAUUUACAGGAAUAAGUGAAAGGAACACACAGCAGAGCUCAUUUGCCUUUGGCUGGGUGUCCAACUUAAAAGAAUAAAGCCCAUUGGGUUUAGUUAAAUGUCUUAUUACGUUGUGCCUGUACUUUUAGCUACCAUAGUUACUAACCAAGGGAAAAAGAGCAACACGCACUUUGUGUGAGCCAGGGGAGACUUAAUCACAGUUGCUUCUCCGAGCAUAUUGCUUAAUUUAAUCCCAGGAAGACUUCAAAGCAGGGAGAAGAACAUUCUAUAUGUGAUUCUUGUUAAUAUUUGGAUUGCAGUUUAGUUAUUGUCGUCUGUUAAAAAAUUCACCGACAUAAACAUGAUUAAAGUAUUUUUUCUGUAGUUUUUUUAGACUGUUACUAAAUUGACCAUAUAUUUGUGCCACUGUUUGUUUUAUUUAUCGUUAAAAGCUAAGAUAAUAUUGAUAGGAUUUUUUUUUUUUUUUUUGGUACUGGGGAUCAAACUCGGUACCUUGAGCUUGCGAGGCAGGCAGCGGCACCACUGAGCUAAAUCCCCAGCCCAAUAUUAAUAGGAUUUUAAAUACAGGCAGAGUACAAAGCCAAGACCAAUAUCUUAAAACCAUGGUAGUGACUAAAAGAAACUUUUCCACUGACUUUCUUACCUUCAAAAGGAAGCAGCAGCAUCAUUUUAGUUCUAUUUGUACUAUGUUUUUCCCUCAGAUACUUUUCUUCUCAAUUAAAAACCUUCCCAAAAGUUAUUUCCUAGAAAAUUCAAUAGCAUCUCAUACCUCCAUGCAAAGACUAGGUAGUAAAACCUUUAAAGGUUGUCAAGCAGUGUUCAUUUAUCCUGUGAUAGGUUUCUGUUUGUAUGGUGAUGAGAAAUUGCAGUGGUUAACUUUUCUUCAUGUGAAAGUGUUAACAUAAUCAUGACCAUUCCCAUAGCCCCCAUCUGGCAUUAGUUACAUGUGAAUUUAAUCCUUAGAGUCAUCUGGCUCCCUUUUCAUCUUUUGUGUCAGUUUCGAUUACUUAUAAUCAAAAGUCUCCAUGGUAGAUAAGAGUUUUAGGUAAAGGGGCUAUUUCUCCUUACUACCACUUCCCUAAAUAACUGAAUUGAGAGAUGCACUCUAUUCUGUAUCUUCAGGUUAAUUUGUGUCCAGUCUUUCAAUGCCCUACCUUCUACAGAGAAUGUGAACAAUGAACAUUUAUUUACACACUCUGUUGGCUACUAGGAUUCAUAGUAAUCAACCUGAUUACUCAAACUGAAUUUUGAUUCCAUUUCUGCUUCCCCAGAAAGGAUAAGAGCACAUUUCUGUGUGUUCUGUACUGUUGAGCUUUAGAACUGUUUGUCUCCUAUAAACAUAAAGCAAUGUUUGCGUUGUUCAGGGAACCCACUGCAGUGUUGUAGUAUUGUUGGGAAGGGCUGGGAUUAUAUGUAUUUAUAUGUUGUGUAAAGGAUUUGACUUACUGGUUCUCAAUAAAAAAUUAUUAGAACUAUA